AUGACGACGCCCCCUCCAAUUGCUCGACAGGCUCUAAAAUCUGAUGCUGAAGCUGAAUUACUACCUGUAGAGGUAGGGCAAACUAUUUGGAUACCUGGCACGGAUCGUGUAUGGGAUAAAGGCUCUGUUAUGGCCAUUGGUGGACUCAAAGUGACGGUACGAACUCAGGCUGGAAAGAUUCAACAGGUAGAUCGAGGUCUUGCACUACCACAGAACCCACGUGAGGCUGGUGAUAUGACGUCUCUUUACUAUAUUCAUGAGCCUGGGGUAUUGCACAAUUUGGAAGAGCGUUGUAAGCUUGAUGGUGGUGAUGGUACAGGUCAAAAACCCUACACUUUCAUGGCCAAUGUGUUAAUUGCUGUUAAUCCAUUACGGCAGCUGCCCAAUCCACGUAUUAGUGAGGUUGUGAACACUGCUGGUAGUGCACCUCAUCCUUAUUCCAUUGCCGAAAUGGCUUAUCAGCAGAUGGUCUACAACUCGGGUACUGACCAACCGACGAAUCAGUCAGUCGUCAUUAGUGGUGAAAGUGGUGCUGGUAAAACCGAAUCAUCUAAGAUCGUGCUACGUCACCUGACUACACGUGGUUUGUAUGGCAAAAAGGCGCGUGGCGGCGAGAUUGAGACUCUAUCAAAGUCUCGUCAACAGCACGGCACGUCGCUAGAUCAUCGUUUGAUUGAACAGAAUCCGAUCCUGGAAGCUUUUGGUAAUGCCAAGACUCUGCGCAACUACAACUCGUCGCGUUUCGGCAAAUUUAUGAAGCUACAAUUCACGUCAGACGGCGAGUUUAAGCUGGCUGGUGCGUUAGUGGAGACGUACUUGCUGGAAAAGUCGCGUCUUGUGUACCAAGUAGACGGCGAGCGCAACUUUCAUAUUUUCUACCAGCUGUUAGCCGGUGUGUCGACUGCAGCACGCCAGGAGUUUGAACUUACGGAACCUGAGGACUUUUCCUAUCUAAACCAGAGUGGAUGUUAUAUUGCCGAGGAAACGGACGACCGUGCGUGCUUUGAGGCCGUGGUGCGCGGUUUGAGCUGUGUUGGUAUCAACGAGCAGGUACAGCACGUGAUCUUUUCGGUGGCAGCCGGUCUGCUGCAUCUCGGUAACGUUGAGUUUGAUCAAGAAGAUACGCCUGAGGGCGAAGCUGCCGUUAUUGAAAAAGAGUCAGCAAAGCGUGCUCUCACGGUGGCUGCUAAACUGCUAGGCGUCAAGAAGGACGACUUGUGGAAGGUGAUUAUGACGCGCGACAUCGUGACGCGUGAGGAGACGUACACUGUUCGGCGCAACGAACAGGCUGCGGUGUACGCACGUGAUGCCAUUGCGAAGGCACUCUACAGCCGCAUGUUUGACUGGGUGAUUAAGCAGGUAAACUCGUCAUUGGGUCACGAUCCUAAUCCACUGCCGUACAUUGGUGUGCUGGAUAUUUUCGGUUUUGAGUCAUUCCAACGCAACGACUUUGAGCAGUUGCUUAUCAAUUACACGAAUGAGGUGCUGCAGGCGACAUUUAACAACCAAGUUUUCAUUGCCGAAAUGGAGCUUUACAAGCGCGAAGGUAUAACAGUAGGAACGAUCAAGUGGCCUGACAACCGAGAAUGUGUGGAUUUGAUUGCUUCAAAGCCCAGUGGUAUCCUGGCGCUGCUGGAUGCCGAGGCAAUGAACCCACAGCCCAGUGACGCAAAAUUCUUGCGUACGCUACACUCGAAGCACUCGAAGCACCCAUACUUCCCGCGACCGCACCCGAAAGACAUGGAGCACAUGUUCAUUGUGAGGCACUUUGCUGGCGCUGUGAGCUACACGAUCGGAUCGUUUAUUGACAAGAAUAACGACUCCAUUCCCGCUGAUAUGUCAAAUCUCUUUUCGGGCUCCUCAAACAGAUUGGUUCCUGCAUUUUUCCAGCAGGAGCCCAGCACUAGCCGACCGGGUAAGAGGAAACUGACCAAGAGUGUGGCAGCAAAGUUUUCGAAUCAGAUGCAGGAACUGGUAGACACGUUGGACGCAACGCGAUGUAACUUCAUCCGCUGCAUUAAGCCAAACGCGUUAAUGCGUGUGGGUAUGUUCGAUCCGCGAUAUGUCGUGGGUCAACUUCGUUGCCAGGGUAUCAUGCAAACUGCUCAGGUUCUCAAGGUUGGUCUGCCCACCCGUGUGAGCUACAGCGAGUUGGUGGGAGCUUAUAAGAAGUUUAUGCCGCCUGAUGCUCAACGGCUGUUUGCAAACCAGAGUGACCCGACACUCAUUACAGCCAUUUUGUGGGCAUUCCAGGUGCCGAUGGAUGCGUACAAGCUAGGUAUCACGAAGUUGUUUUUCAAGGCCGGCAAAAUUGCUGUGUUGGACUCGAUUUUGAAAAUCAAUUGGGCCAGGGAAGGCCCACACAUUGUGUCACGUAUGAAGCUGUGGCUGGCGCGUCGUCGUUGGCGUGUGGGUCUAGCAAAGGUUGUUGCUCAAAAUAGCUUUGCAAAGCUGUUGCGUCGUAUCCAAUUCCGCCGCAACUCAGUGGCGCGCAUCCAGCGCUGGUGGCGUUCAUUGUCGCUGCGUCGCGAUUUUAAGAAGAAGCGUUCGGCUGCGGUGGUGUUACAGGCUCUUUUCCGUGGCAUGACAGCACGUCGCUUGUUCAAGUCAAAGAAGCAGGAAAUGCUUGCUUUGGCAGCUGCACGUGCUGCUGAGGCUAAGCGGCAGGCAGAGGAGGCUAAGCGUCGCGAAGAGGAGGCACGUAUGGCGGCCGAAAUUGCUCGUCGUGAGAGCAUUGCUCGCGCUGCGGCCCAAGACGACCGCAUACGCAUGGAAGAAGAGGCUCGUGCUGCUGAGGAAGAGGCGAUUAGACUGGCCAAGGAAGCGGCGGCUGCGGUGGCAGAAGCCGAGGCUGCUGCUGCGGAGGCUACUGCUGCCGUUGAACACGAGCGCCAGGCCGAGCUACGUGCUAUUGCAGAGGCGAAAGAACUUGAAGAGCGCAUGAAGCGCGAGCGUCAAGAGGCUGAGCGUCGCAAGGAACAGGCUUUACUAGAAGCUGCCAGCGUCAGUGCCAGCCUUUUGAGCGGGCUUGCGCAGGUGAACAGUGUGCAGACUCCUUCUGGUCAGGUGCACGUGGUGGAGAUUCCGGACAAUGUUUCACAGGAGAACCGUGAACAACUGCAGCAGCUGAACGACUUGCUCUUAAGCGGUGCUAUCGCUCAGUCCGAGUACGACGAACUGGUACCAUUUUUACUGGAGAAGCUCGAAGAAGCCCCAUCUGGUGCUGCUCUCACUGCCGAACAGGAGGAAUCGUUGAGCCGCUUGUAUACAACAGGUGUUUACGGUAUCCAAAUCCGCUGCCCGGCUUGUGGUGCUACCAACAACACGGCCAACGGAAACCACUGUGAUGAGUGCGGUUCGUUGCUUACCACUAGCGACGAAUCGGCUGCUGCUGCUGACCCCGGCUACUUUGGAGAUCAGUCUCGCCAGGAGAGAAGCAUGUCGACGUUGACGGCGCCACUCGGCUCGUUUAUUACGGUGAAUGGUCACAUUAUGAUUCACGAUGGCUACUUUGAAGCACAGAUGCACCGGACGCAAGUGCUUCAGGACGAUAAUUAUACGGAAUACACGGUGUACGUGUUGCGUUGCCAGUGGCAGCCGAAGGACUCGAGUGAGUCGACGACAUGGCUAGUGUCCCACCGGUUUAGCGUCUUUGAAAAGCUGCACAAGGAUUUGAAACGGAAGGUGCCAGCUGCGGUGGCUAUGGUUCCUCUGUUUCCCCGCAAGCACGUUCUUGGAGGCGUGUUCAAGGGUAAGACGGGAAACUCAAGCGCGAUUGUAGAGGAGCGUAAGCGAGGUCUGGAGCGAUACGUGGCGCAGGUGCUAGAAUUGUGCGCGCAUCUUCCCGAGACUCUGAAUGUGCCGGAGCUGGAUCGCUUUUUGAACGUAUCGCGCCAGGUUGAGCAAUACCGCCGUCAGCUUAUGUCUGGCGGGGCUGAUGACUCCGGCGCUGCUCCUGCUGGAUUUGGUCGUGCGCUGAACGUGAAUGCUGGCGGAGCUGAAGGAAUGGCAGCCCGUGAGCAGGCCCGUUUGCCUACUGAAUUGCCUACACCGUUGGAUGAGGAGGAACUGUCUCACACGGAGCAGGCAGUGGCGCUGCUAAAUGCGUCCAUUCGUAGUUCACGUGGCGACUUGCGCCGCGACCCACAAGUGCAGCACCACCUGAAGGUGUGCGUGCAGCUCUUGCCUCGACUACAGAUCUCGGCGAAUCUGGACAACCCAUUCGCAAACGUGGAUCUGAUCCCGCGAGCGAUGCAGUGCCAGGAGGAUCUAGAGACGACCAUGGGUCUAUACAAUGAUUCGUUGCUUGCUGUUACGGAGACGUACGCGCUCUCGGCCCAAGAGGGCGGUGGUGGUGUGCAGGCACCACCUCCUUACGUUCCAGGCCAGCAAAACUCGUACCAGCCCAGCUAUGGCGUUUAA